UAAUCAGUGCAAUGGACUUUCCUCUCUGUCCUUCAUCAUACGCUGCUUCAGAGUUGGUUUACGGGUGGAGUGGCGUACUUGUAUCUUGGGUGAUGUGUGUGCAAUAUCGUGGUGCUAAAGGAUGUAGUAACUGUUCAUCCCCUAGGUGAUGAAAUGAGAUGAUGAACACUUCUACUCAGUAGCAGGCUUUUAGCAUGUGUUUACUUUACAUGCUACAAUCACUGUUCUCCCAUUAGGUAGUCAUCUAUUUCUUGUAUUAAUGCACAGUGGUGGACUUUUAAGAUGGGUAGGUGCCCAUUAAUCGAUUAUGGUUUGCUUAAAAUGCUAUGACCCAGCCUAAGGGCCUGUGUUUGUGUGAUACUUAAAGUGUGUGUUGAUGAACUCUGCCAGCAUAUUGUAUCAGCCAGUGUUUACACAGUAUGGAAAUAAUAAUUUCCUCAUAUUGUUCCGUCUGACACUUCUGUGUACACACACAGACUUUCAGAAAAUUAAUGGAGAAGGCAGUAGUAAAUGCCAAGAAUAUAUGUAUAAGGAUACGUGAAUAUAUACUUUCUGAAUGAAAAUUAUUUUAUCAGGAAUAUAUUUUUAAAUGUAAGCCUGAUAAAAAAUAUGUAAGUUGCAGUGCAUUUUAGACUGCCUUCUCUUUUGUCUUUUUACCUGGAAAAUGUCCAUGAAUACACGCAAAAUCUUUUAAGGACCUAAAGAGUCAAGUAAUGUUGAUCCUUUGAAGAGUUGUAUUGAAGUAGAUGCUUGUAGCCAAAAUGCUGUCUGAUGGCUUUCUGUUUUUUGUUGGUUUUGGGGUUUUUUGGGGGGUUUUUUUGGUUUUUUUUUUAAGUAGUGGAUCAAAAUCUUGGGCUUGGAGGGAAAUCCUGUGUCUUUUGUUUUUGUUUUUUUUUUUCCUUGUUGCAUAUUAUGUUAUGGAAAAUAAACACUUCUGGAAUACCUGAUUUGUUCAAGUUGUUUAUGAGGCAGUCUCUGGGUUUCAUUCCUUGGCUUUGCCCAAUGCCCUGUUCUUGCUGCAGCAGUAGCCACACUCACAUUUGGAUGUGUCACAUCUGCUGCUGAAAUAAUAAGUGAUUCCCUUUGGAGAUGAAGUGGGUUAGAAUUGAUUGGAACAGUCCUUGUCUUAUUAGGAAUAUGGCUUUGUUGUUUUGUGUAUCCGUGAUUUUGAAAGAGAAGGUUGAAGUUGGUUGGAGGCUGGCUCUACUAGAUAUUUGGCUACCUUAUGGUCUUGACUUCAGAGAACAGCUUGCAAAUCUCUUUAAGUGUUAGAGAAUAAGCCCCUCUAUUCAAACAGAAGUGAAUUCCCUUGAGAGUGAUUUGGGUUGGAGACUAACUUGUCUUCAGAAAGGUAAUUUUAAAAUUUGUGGUGAUCUUGUGGCUAGUUACUGCAGCCAGAGUGAGUCUGCAGUCACCCAUUUGGGUGGGUGUUUCAAAGAUGAAAACAUAGUGUGAGCCUCAGCAGCAAGAUCUGACACAAGAAAUUGCUGUUCUAGGCAGCUGGAGCUGCUCACAAACAAUAAUUAUGGAAAUGAAGGACAAAGGGACUCAAUUUCCCCUUGCUGUCCAGUAGGCGUGAAAGGAAAGCUGGAACAUGACCAAUGCUGUGCCCUCUGUGUCUCAGCUUCACUUCAGAUGCCCAGUUCAGCAGCAGGCAGUCAUGGUUCUUGGCGCAUCUGGUGGAAGAAAUUCAGUGUCAACACCCAAAAAGCAGCUGACGGAUAAACCUCUUCCUCAUCAUGAUCAAAAAGCCAAAAUAGUCAAAGGCUUUAUAGCUUUUGUAGCUUUUGUUUUAGUGUAGCUUUUGUUUUAGUGAGGCAUCUACCCGCUGGUGGGCGUGGCUGCCUGCCACACAGUUGAUGACUUCUCACUCCCUCUUGAGAGUGAUCUGCACCCUCACGGCAGAAGAUGUCCAAGUCAUGCUGCUGCCACUUCUGCUGUGAGUUUGUCCUGGGAGGUAAGACUGCUUUCCCAAAAAGAGGAAAUGUAAUGCUACAUUUGAUGAGUGAAGUCAGCAGUAAGAGCGCUCACUCAGGUGACCUCAUUUGACUAGGAAAGAAAGCAGAGUAGGAGAAAUAAGUCUUCAGUUCUUUUUUCCUUCUCCUCCUUUUUUUCUUUUUAAAAAUCUUAUUCCAUUGUCAUUUUUCCCUAGCCAGAUUUAUGAAACAAUGAGUUAGUGACAAAAUUCACAGCAGGCUAGAGGAUAUAUAUUUCCCUCUCCAAACAGAAUGUUUCAGAUUCAUAUAUUCAACACGUACAGAGGAGUAUUUUCUUUUUCUUCCUGCUUUUCUUUGCAAACCCUUCUGUUGUAGGAGGAAAGCUGUAUCUUUGUUCCUGGUCAAAAUGUCAUGUGGGUGUGAGUGGUUGUGCUGGGGCUGGAAGUUGUAUGUUGGGAACUGUUUGUUCAGUUUUGGGGUGGGCAGCACUCUGCAGCCUUGCAUGGCACCGUGGCUGUGUAUCUGCGGUGUCUGUGCAGAAGGUCCUACUAAGUGCCCACAACCGGGUGCAGUGCUUUGCUCUUGCAAUGCUUUGCUCUUGCACCUGCACUGCUCUCAGUCUCUGACCCAGCUGGGAGACAGGGUAGCAGUAUUUCAGCUCAGUACCAUAUAGUGUCCUCCUCACCUCCCUGUACUUACCUGAGAAUUGAUGACGUGUCAUGGAACCACAAAGGUUCGAGCCUUUGAGAAGACUUCUGCAUUAGACUUGAAUUUGUCAAUAAUCAUUUGUCAUCAUAAUCUCAGUAAGCCUUUCUGAUUGCUGUUUAUCAUAAGAGGUGAACUGUGCUUUCAGCUGCAUGCCUCAAAUUCCUGGGGCUGUGUGGUCCAAUGCCCCUGCCAGAGCUCAGUGAAGCUGUUCCCUGCUCAGUCAUUCUGUGCCCUGUAGUACUCCUGAGCUGUAAUUAAGCAUUUGGCCUUCUCUUUGGUAUGCUAUGUGUAGAGCCCACCAAGGUGCCAUUUCUUCCACGUUGCUGCUUUCUUAUGGCUACUCUGUAUGUUUUUCAGGGGGCUUUUUCAACAUCUUUCUUGAAAUGUGGGUUGUAUGAGUACCCAUGUUUAAGUAAUGGUAAUACGAAACUGAUUUACAGGAGCAGAAAGCAUGCAAGCUUAGCAGGGAAAUUCUACUUGUUUAUACAGGCAGGAUAUGUAUUUAUCUUUUGGUUACAAUGUCAAAAUAGUCUGUUUAUGCUUCAUUUUGUGUUCGCUUUAGGAUUUAAAAGUUUUUUGUUAGUAGUAUUUCUAAAAAGGAAAUUUUCUUACUGUAUUUUCAUCCAUUAGUGACUGAUUUUGGGAUCUUCUCAUAGUGUUUCUGAAGAUAACUGAGGGCCAUUUCCUCAGAAUCUAAGAUACUGCAGGCAAGGAUUGGUUCCAGUGCACCAGAUAGAGGAAAUCACAGCUUUGUUUUAGAGAAGUUCACAGUGAGAGCUAUUGCUUUCUUGAACUCAGCCUUAUCUUAAGAAAAGUAUUCACUGACUCAUUUUUUUCAAGUAAAUUUAACCUUUUCUAGCAGCACUCUCUCUAUCUGCUGUUACUCCAGUCUAUUUUUUUUCUGCUUUCGGCCCCACAUGCCAUCUGUCUUAUUUUGCAGUUUGUUUUCUUUUUAAGUAUUCUAAGGUAAUGCAGUGGAUAAAAGAAGUAUAAAUAUUCACAAAGCAUCACUGCCAUUUUGAUUAGAGGGGAAGAGGUGUGGAUGGCUUUCUGCCAGAUCAGGUGAUGCUGUGAUUGCAGAAAAUCCUUGGGUCUGCCAAGGAUUGUUACUUUGGAGGAGAUGCUGUGUGGAAUAACUUGAUGUUGUGGCUUGGCACUGCUUCUGUGCUGUGUCAGUGGGCUUUUGCUGUAGUUAACUGUCUCAUGGUUAAGUAGUGCCCCAGUCUGGUGGCAAGGGCUUUAUUUUACUCUCAACUUAAGAAGUGUCAUUUUUAGAACACAUUUUAAGCAGCUGUAGUGAUGCCAAAGACAUGGGUACUUGUGAUAAAGCUGGGUUUAAUCUGUGUGCAGAUUUUUGGUAGCUGCAGCAAACUCAGCAAAACUUUGAAGGCCAUAGAGUAUCUUGAGUUCUUUCCUCAUGCUUUCUCACGAAGGUUCAGAUAAUUCAGGGAAGCAUUGAAGUGUAUAAUAACUUUACACAUGACGAUUUUUUGCAUGAUAUUUAGAAUUUAUAUUAAAAAUAAAUUCUUCUCUUAUAUAAGCAGUGUUUGACAUUUUGUACUCCCUUUUUCCAUCCUGGUUGCUGAUCAGGCCUUUUGUAGUGAAGCUGCUGAAGACUCCUAAAGGUAGGGGCUGUGGUAAUCCAGGACAUAAAAUCUGGUCUGUACCUUCUGUCCCAACUCCAAAAGCUUCUGAAAUGCAGGUAUUGUGUGGUAGCUGUGUUGUGUAAGCGGUGAUAUAUCUUGGUGACAAUAGGUGAAGAAGCAAGGAGAUGAGAUUUUUACUUUGUUGCAGAACAGUGUGCUGAAAUGUGGCCAGGUAUUUGGUGACAGAUUGACUUUGCCUGCUGUGAGCCAGUCACUUGUGCAGAUCUGGCCCAAAUAAUUAACAGCUGAUGAACAUGAAAGUCCUUUUGCCACCCAAAUAUAUGGGGUCAAGUCACAAGCAGCCUGGGGUCAUCAUCAGGAACCACAAAGGAAUGACAGGAGUGGCUUUCUGCCAGUGCCAUGAGUUGUUCUCCAGUCCUCGUGGUUAAGAAUCCACUGAGGAAAUUUCAUUUGAUUUACAGGAAGUUUGGUUUUUGGUUUUGUUCUGUGGUUUUGGGAUUUUUUAGUGUAUGGUGCUGGGCAGUGUUGAUUAGGUGUGCCUUUUACUUAGAGUAUAGAGGGUAGUAUCACAUCAGUGUGCAGAGGCUAGGCAAGAACUUCCUGUGACAUCUGCAUUUGUGUCCUGCUACAGUCAUACUUACAGGAUGGAAAGGAAAAUCUCCUUUGUUGGGCUUGUGCUGAUGUGAUUGCUCACAUCACACCCCAUCAAAUGUCCAUUUGUUUCCUUCUAUCUGGAAUUCUAAAUUCCUGAAAAAGGGUCUCUGCUGCUGACUGAUCCCUCAGUGGACAAUUUUUUAAGUGGGUUGUUUGUUUUGAAAACUGGAUUCUGUUUGUAGUGCAUAAUUUCUGUUAGUACAAGUAACACACUAGUUGUCAUGAAAGGAGAUUAAGAAGAUGAAGGUUAGUUUUCUUUUCUCCUGCACUGUUGAUACUCUGCACCUGACCUUAUUGUGUGAGAAGGAAGUUUCAGUGUUUUGUCAACAAGUUGUGUCCUUUUCUAAGCCCUGCUGUGGUGGUUCCCAGUCCCAGGCUGAGCCUGGCAAAUAAUAGGUUGAUUUUAGAGGUAGGGGACUGGAGACAGAUUUUGAAACCAAAAUGGUACAGCAAAACCAAGAAAUAAUGAAUCUUCUACAGGGAGGUUGGAAAGAGCGGGGAACGUGAACCCUAGGCAUGAACCAGACCUUACACGCUGCCAUGUGUUGGAGGAUUCUCCUGGCCUCUGUGGGUGCUGAGCUGUGGGAUAACACUGCAUCCAGGAGAGCAGUUCCUAGCCCUUCUGCUCAGCUAUGACCACAAUUCAAGUUAAGUUUAUGAGAUGAGCAAGGCAGGUGCACUCGUUUCUUUGUUUUCCUGCAGGGAAGCAGAUGUAGACUCAGACCUGGCAGAGCAGAGUGAUGCUGCUCCUUGCAGGAUGGCACCUUGCUCCAUUAGGAAUGAGCCAUGAUUGAAGGAGGCUGUGAGUAGUGGUUGCAGAGGCAAGCAGAAAGCCUAGGAGGUUUGCAAAAGGAAAGGUGGUGCAGCUGAAGGAGCCACUUGUAGCACCAAAUCUGAUUUUUAAGGUGCUUCUGAGGAGACAUAUAUUUCUUUUUACUUGGUAACUGUUACACGUUCAUUUUGUUGUGGACCAGUGUAGAGUUUGGGAUGUAAAGGCUUCAAGUUAUAAAAUGCAUUUCUUGGGAAGAACUGUCAUCCCUUAAUAAAUGGUAACAGUCCUUCAAAAGCCUCUCCUCUGAUUAUGUUUGGGGUUUUUUUGUUGUUGUUUUGUUGGUUUGUUUGUGGUUUUUAUUUUCUUUUUUGUUUGUUUGCUUUUUAGUGUUUUUUAUUUUCUUUUUCGUUUGUUUGCUUUGGUUUGGUUGUGGGUUUUUUUCAUCUAGAAGCUUUGUAAAGAAGCAGACUUCUGUGGCUGUCACUGGAAUCAGGACUUCACUGAGUACAGUUUUCAAAUCUUAACUGCUUUGCUGUCAGCAUUAUAUUGCAAUUAAAAUAAAAAAAUGUUCUACAGUACUGUGUUUUACAUCUGUUGUUUAAGUUUUGAUUUCUUCUUCAUGCCAUGUACUGGUUGUUUGUGAAUUCUGUGAUGCAAGACCCUGUGAAUGAUGUUCUCACUGAAAGGCUCUAGGAUGACAGACCCCCAUGUUAUAAAUCGAAUUUAUUUCAUCUGGCCUUGAAACAUAUCUGUCUUCCUGCUUAUUUUCACUUAUUUUUUGCCCCUUCUGUUUACUUCCCUGAGUCCAGCAUGCAGUUAUCUUAGAAAAGUAAUUUUGACCUGUGGAAGCUAGACCUGUUCAUGAGGUUAGCCUGGCCAUGUGUUUGGGAUUAGAUGGAUGAGUUUUAAUCCUAUGUCCUGUCACAAUUAUUGGCAAGAACAUGUUUUAUGGUUUAUGGUUAAACUUGAUGAACUUAAAGGUCUUUUUUAACCUAAAUGGUUCUUGAUUCUAUGAAUCUAGCUCUGAGGUAAUACCCUUUUCACAGGUAAUGUGUCAGUCCUUAUUAACUACAAAUCACUAAUGCACCCUGGUGGGGUAGGUGCAAACUGCUUUUUGUAUUAUUUUUGAAGUGUAGGUCUCUACCCAGUUUUAACAGAUUUUCAAAGACGAAUUUUAGCGCUAAAAAUGGAAGGACUGCGGCCCCUCAAAAAUAGGUGCUUUAACAUGGAAAAAAGUAAGGCCAAAUCCAAAACUUGUUAAUGCAUUAACUAAUUUGGUUGGCUUCAACUUAAGAAGGGGCAAGCAAUUACAUUGAUGUAGCUGUAAACAAGAGAACACAAAGUUUUAUUUGAAACGUGAGCAGCUAUGUCAGGUAUAACCUGCGGUGAACAGAAAUUUGGCAGCUUUCAUCUUUGAGGGCCCUAUGUUUGCUUAGGUGUCACAAACAUAAUCUGUGUGAACAGUCCCUCUGAAUGCACUUGGUACGGGAGUGGAGAGCUCAUAGUCUCUGUUGUGGCAGUUGGCUGAUGUGGCUGAGAUGGAUGGCUUUCCUGAAAAUGCAACACUGGAGGAAUUGAAGCUAUUUGUCAUUUUUCUGACUUUAUGGUGUUUGGUUCCCCCCCACUCUCCAGCAAAAGGAAAUAUCUAGCUUCAGAAUGCUGAGUUACUUUGUUGAUACUGUCAGCAUAAGAAGUUUGAAUUUUAGUUUCAAAAUCAGUCUGUUUUGUUCAACAAGAGAACUUUGGUUCUGUAAUAAUGUUUAAAACUUGAGUAAUCUGAAAGUAAAAUGUAUACUGCUACUGCUUCGCCAGAAAACUUCUACACAGCUGUUUUUAUGCAACAGUACUCAAGGUUAAUUCAGGUGCAUUUUUAAUUUUUUUGUUGUUUAGUUACCAUCUGAACCAUCUCACUGAUUGAACGCAUGCAGAGUUGAGCAAGUAAAAGCCAAAUUAGAUAUGCUGAAGGAAGGACAUCAUAUGACAGUUUUGCAUGUAUCAUAACAUUGUUCUAUCUUCUCUGUGUUCAUAGACAUAGGUAACUUUGCUUACCUGAAUAAUUUUAGAGUUAGCUGUGCACACAUUGUAUAGAACACAGGAAAAUAUAAAGAACUUUUCUGUUUCUGCUUCUGAAGAAGAAAGCAGCUCUUCAAAGAGUCGCUCCCUAAUUACUAGGUAAAUUAGUGAUGUGCUCUGGUGUAUAGCAAGGGGAAUUCCGUUUGAGAGGGGAGUAUUUGCACUGCAUAUAGUGCAGGGUGACUCGGUACAAGGUCAGCAACUGUGUGUAGUGUUUACAGCACUCUGGAGGUGGAGGAAGGAAAAAAAGGACACUCUGCCUGGCUAUGAGGUACUGACGGGAAAAAGAGCAUCACGCUUGGCUGCUCACCUUGCCCAUUUCACUGUAAAUAAUGGAGACCAAGGAAGAGAAGAAGGAGCGGCGACAAGGCUAUUUUGCUCGUUUGAAAAAGAAAAGGCAAGUCAAACAAACCACUGAGAGUGUCUCUGCCAAUUCCCCUGGAUCUCCUGUUUCCAAAACACCUUCUGAGAAAGAUGAUGAAAGUAAAGUUAUUUUGGAGCAAAUCAGUUCCUCUGAAGACAACUGUAAAUUUCCUGGGGAAAAGGAAACUGCUCCAGACAAGGAAAAGAAAAAGAAAAAGUACAAUCAACUGAAAGACAUCAGACGCACAGAACUUAAAAGAUACUACAGUACCGAUGACAAUCAAAACAAAAGCAAUGAAAAAAAAGAGAAGAAGAUGGUUUCUCAGAAGCCCCAUGGUACCAUAGAAUAUACAGCUGGAAAUCAGGACACCAUAAACAGCAUAGCAUUAAAGUUCAAUGUCACCCCAAACAAGCUUGUGGAGCUCAAUAAGCUUUUCACACAGACAAUUGUGCCAGGCCAGAUUCUGUUUGUGCCAGAUACAAGUGCUGGGAGGCUGUCUUCUAGUCCUGGUGCUCCUGUUUCUCCUUCAUCAUCAGAUGCUGAAUAUGAUAAACUCCCUGAUGCUGAUUUGGCAAGAAAGGCUUUCAAACCAGUGGAGAGAGUCCUGUCCUCUACUUCAGAAGAGGAUGAGCCUGUGGUUGUCAAAUUUUUAAAAAUGAAUUGUCGUUACUUCACAGAUGGUAAGGGCGUCGUUGGAGGAGUCAUGAUAGUAACUCCAAACAAUAUCAUGUUUGACCCACAUAAGUCUGAUCCUCUGGUGAUUGAGAAUGGCUGUGAAGAGUAUGGGCUCAUCUGCCCCAUGGAGGAGGUUGUCUCUAUAGCUCUCUACAAUGACAUCUCUCACAUGAAGAUUAAAGAUGCAUUGCCAUCUGACAUACCAAAGGAUCUUUGUCCUCUGUACAGGCCAGGAGAAUGGGAAGACCUGUCCUCUGAGAAAGAUAUCAAUCCUUUCAGCAAAUUCAAAUCCCUUAGCAAGGAAAAGAGGCAGCAGAAUGGGGAUACUUCUGUUGCUCUGGGUGCCAAACAGAUAAAGCCUUCAGAUAAGGAAAAGUCUGCUGAUUUUGAAGUUCUUCAGUCAUCGGAGAGUACGGGCUCAAUCAAAUCAAAGUCUCUGGAGUUUCCCAACAACAUCACUGCCACUGAACAUUUGGAAAAGUUUGAUGCAGAUACAUGUACCAAGGACCCUUCCAGGGGAAAAAAUGCUUCAGAUACCAAAACCAAAGAAAAAUCCCUUCUAGUAGAAGGAGAGGAUGACUUCACUGAGCUGGAAAAGACAUCAUCUCGUAUGGAUACAGGGCUGGACAGGAAAAUCUCAGUAAUGGAAGGCUUGCUGGCUGACCCCAGGGACUUGGGGAGAACUAAGCAGCAGGUAACCAAACCUACUACAGAAGUCCAGGAGCACUUGACAGUUGAUUCCUUGGAAAAAAAGGACAGUGUUGAACCUAAAGCUGACUUAGACUUAGAGCUGUGUGAAAAGCAAGAUGUUAUUCCAGAAGUAAACAAAUGUGUCAGUACCCCGACAGGUAAGGUGGAGACUGAAUUGGACACUAAGAAAGAGCUAGAGAAAGAUAAACUUAUUGAAUUUUACCUCAAUAAAGAUGGAAAUGGGUCUCAGUCAUCUGAAGACUUACACAAGGCUGAAAUCCAGAAAGGUGAAAACAAUAAAGCAAUUGGCAUAGACCUUACACUUAGCUGUUCAAAGUCCCAAGCUAAUGAAGUCCAUACAGUUAAAAGUAUGGAGCUUGAUUCCUGCUGUGUUGAAAGGAAAGCACCUUCAUUAGAAAUCAGCUCAGCAGCAGCAGAGGAAAAGGAUCUGAAAGAGUCUGUGGACUCUUCAUUAGUACCAGCCGUAGACAAGACCUGUCAAGAAACACAGUUAGACAAUCAAUCAGAAAUCAGACUGUGGCUGCUGCAGAAAAUUCAAGUGCCAAUUGAAGAUAUGCUUCCUUCAAAAGAGGAGAAGAGCAAGACUCCUCCAAUGUUUCUGUGCAUUAAAGUAGGCAAGCCCAUGAGAAAGUCCUUUGUGUCUCAGAGCACAACCAUGUCUCAACAGUACAGUAAAAAGAUAAAGCAGCCAGAGUACUGGUUUGCUGUUCCUCGCGAAAGGGUGGAUCACUUGUACACAUUUUUUGUUCAGUGGUCACCAGAAAUAUAUGGGAAAGAUGCCAAAGAGCAAGGUUUUGUUGUGGUAGAAAAGGAGGAGCUUGACAUGAUUGACAACUUCUUUAGUGAGCCCACUACUAAAAGCUGGGAGAUCAUUACUGUAGAAGAAGCUAAACGACGAAAGAGCGUCUGCAGUUACUAUGAAGAAGAAGAAGAUGACGAUACUUUGCCUAUCCUAAAGCAUCACAGCGCUCUUCUGGAGAACAUGCACAUAGAGCAGCUUGCCCGGCGCUUGCCCGCGCGGGUGCAGGGCUACCCGUGGCGCCUGGCAUACAGCACGCUGGAACACGGGACCAGCCUGAAGACUCUGUACCGCAAAUCAGCUUCUCUUGACAGUCCAGUUCUCCUUGUCAUCAAGGAUAUGGACAACCAGAUAUUUGGAGCGUAUGCUACUCAUCCCUUCAGGUUUAGUGACCAUUACUAUGGCACUGGUGAAACAUUCCUCUACACUUUCAGUCCACAUUUCAAGGUAUUUAAAUGGAGUGGAGAAAACACCUACUUCAUCAACGGAGACACUACCUCUCUGGAGCUUGGAGGUGGAGGUGGCCGGUUUGGUUUAUGGUUAGAUGCAGAUUUGUAUCACGGGCGAAGCAACUCCUGCAGCACCUUCAAUAAUGACAUCUUAACUAAGCAAGAAGAUUUCAUAAUACAAGAUGUAGAAGUAUGGACAUUUGAGUGAAACACUGACUGCCUUAAGGACUGGAUCCAUUAGGCACUUAAAAGCUAUCCAGAAGGUGCAGGCUGCCUCACAAUGUUACACGCUUUUUCCUCAAGUUUCUACCAGAGCAUGACUACGCAAAAAAUCCAACCGAACAACCCAAGAAUAAAAGAAUUGGUUUUGAGAGGCAGUAAGAGACAGAACAGUGAGGGAUCACUCUGAAGUUUUUUACUUCCUCUUCAGCACUCUUCCAUUGAAGAUACAAUGCUUAUGAAAAUGUUCAUGAUGUAUAAGUUGAAAACUUCUUAUGUAACUGUGAAAAAGAUCCUGUGGAAGAACUAUAACUGUCUAGUACAUUCCAUGUGUAUUUAUGUUCAACAUGCAAAUGCUGACCAAAAAUAAAAGGUUACUUUACCAAAAUCUACAGCAUACUGUUUGCCAUGGAAAAGAAUCAGAAAUAGGUGUACACAGCACUUAAGGGAACAUGUUUUUUAAAAUUAUUUAUUGUUGCUGUAUAGUAGAUUUUUUUUUGUAAAUGUAUUAGCUAUGAGUUUUUUUGUUUAAUGUUUCAAAUCUCAUUUUGAUAAUUACUGUUGAGGUGGGUUUCUUAUGCAUUGGCAUUUAUUCUGAAUCAAUUUAUUUGAUUUCUGAAGUUAAUUUUUAUAUUUUUAUUUUGUAAAUGAGAUUAGGUUUUCAUUAUACCCUAAUUAGAGGGUUUGUUUUCCUGGCAGAAAUACUUGAGUGCAUAAUUCUGUUUCAUUUUCUUUUCCUGAAAUGAGGGAGAAGGUGGAUAGUGUUUCUUCCUAACUCUGCCGUCACAUUCCCGUUAAUAGAUAACUAUUUUGGCAGUGUAUGGAGACACUGGGCAACUGCCCCCUGGUGUAGACUUUAUCAGUUCAGUUGCAGUCCACAGAACUGGGAUAGCAUGCUCUGAGCACCUGCCUCAGCAUUAUUUGACUGAUUAUGAAGGAGAUUUCUAAGAGAACUGUUUCUGUAUCACGACAAAAUGGUUCAAAUGAAGUCACCCACUGUGCUUUUAUGAACAUUUCUCUACAAAUUGAAGAAUUUGUUAAGGAGAAAAUACAAUUGAGAUUUAGAGAAGAAAGUUCUUUUCCUAACAGGCCAGGUCACGUUAGUGUAAAACUUGUUUUUCUAAUAAUUACACAUAUAAUUUCUUUUAAAAGAAUACUUCAAGCAGCAGUCUGGUUUAGGAUUUGACAGUCAACUAAAUAUUCUUGUUUGUUUUUAAUGAAAUUAUCAGAUAUUCCCCCCCCCCCCCGCAAAAGCUGAAAUGACUAUAUAUUCCAAAAAUUGCAAAAUUUAUUUUAUUAAUAAAAUAUAUUACAAAAUUAUAAAACAUUUGGUAAAUAGGGAGAGUGUGAGAGAGGACUGGCAAUCUUCACUGUUUGCUAAGGAAUUCUGCAUUGCC